AUUGUCCUAUAAUGCUGUAAAAAUAGUUCAAAACUAUAAAAUUGUUUCAAUUACAAGAAAAGUGUAUACCCACCAAUCCCAAUAACAAAUUAAUUCAGUCCUAUAAACUAUUUCUUCUUAAAAAUGAAUAUAACAAUAAAGCAGUUAAAAGGCGGGGAGUGUAAAUUAGAGGUCGAUCCAAGUACAAAGAUUUUAGAUAUAAAGAAAAACAUUUACACAAAGUUAUCGAUACCUGUGGAAGACCAGAAGUUGGUACUCAUGGGAAGAACAUUGGCAGACGAGCAAACCGUAUCUACAUAUCCAUCAAUAAAGGAUGGCACAAAAUUAAACCUUGUUGUAAAAAAGCCAGAGAGUUUGAUGGUUGCUUCCGUGAAAUACUUCAAACAGUGUGGUAUGUCAGAACAAGACGCCAACACUGCUGCAAAGAAAUUUAUUCGUUUAAUUGAAGAGAAGUUCCAAAAGUUUUCAUGGGAUGAUAUUGAACAGAUGUCUGUGAGUUGCCUCAUUGAUGAGAGCGGGGAAAAACUGCCCACUGCAGAAGAACCAGAGCCCGACUGCAAUGAUACUUUUGGCCUGUAGAAACCUGGCUGGUAUUUGUAAUUUAAAUUGUAACCUACUUCUAAAUUAUCUUU